AUGUCCGACCCAACCCCCGACACCGAAGACGUUCCUCAAAAGCCCACAAACGCCGAAGACGCCAAAACCCUCAAGGCGCUUUCGAAUCUCGACACCCACAGUUCUCUCGAUGACUCCUCGACACCCAAUGCAUCCUCAAACAAUGCGACUGCUGAAGCUUUAGCAGCUGGGUUAUCCAGUCUUUCGGUCGGUACGGGGAAGACUGCUGAUGCUGGGGUUAAAAAGGUGGUUGUGAAGGUUGCGGCGGAGGAUGUAGCUGUUAUUGUCGAAGAAAUGGAAGUUUCGAAGGUGAAGGCUACGGAAUUACUAAGAGCGAAUGGCGCCGAUUUGAAGCAGACAUUAAAAGCGAUGAUUUCUCCGUCUGCAUGA